AUGGAGGACAGUGACGAUGAAGAUAACGUCCAGGUGAUCGUUUUUGGAAACUCAACGGAGGCCAAUUUUGACGACUUCUACAGAGAACAGGACCCAACAAAGGACGAACACGGCGGGGAUGGCAGGGGGGACCCUGACGGUGGCGAAUUUUCCAGGGGCGAAGCCGAAGAAAUACCACGUGAUGUAGACCUGGAUACGCAGGUGCAAAGAGCCACGCGGGAGAACAAAGUCUUCCUCAAAUACGACUACACUCGGGAGAAGCCGUGGGCUCACCACGCAGACAAGAGCAUGUGGUUCAAUUACAACUUCGAUGAGCACUCCUUCAAGGAGUGGGUCCAGAAACACAUCGACAAACGGAUAGAGAAGCAACAGAACUAUCAAGUCGAAAAUGCCGACAAUAUAUUUGAGGACAAAUUCAGGGCUGUUGUUAGGACCCCUCGAAGCUUUGAAGAGAUAGACCGCAGGGGGUAUGGUGACCAUUACGAACAGAACUACGAUGACGACCCCUUACGGCGUAACCUGAAGGGAGCAAAGAACAGCACAACGAUGAAAGCAAGUAACUCCAGGAAGGGGGCUUUAAAUAAUAAUUACGUCCCUCAUAGGGGUAAUAACACUCUGUUCCAACCGAACGAGGAGAGCAGCUUCCCUUUCCAACCCCUUAGCGAAGAAGACAACUACAUGGAUGGUCGGAACAGGAAGAUGCCCCCCGAGAAAGCAUCGAAUAGAACGGGGGAGGGAGGUCACUCCGCUCAGGGCGAAGACCUCACGCAGUUCCAAGAUUUAGUUAAUUUUUUUAAGCUGAACCAGGGGGUAUAA